AGCUCUUACCAAGGGGGCCAGAUGAGAGAUUGUUUAGACUCCACUCCCCACCCCAUCCUGUCUCUGCCAGGCCGUUGGGGGUAGAAAACAGCGACCUGAAACGUGCAGGGCAGAAACUGUUAUCACCUAAUCACCAUUCCAGGCCUUCCCAGCCCCCACUGCUCACUGCAGGCUCCCAGCACAACUCGUUCCCUGCACACACCCCAGCUGCCUUCAGGAAAACCAGAAAUGGCCCUCCCUCCUGUGACCUCUGGGCCUGCCCCAUGUGGUACCCUCUGCCUCCCUCCUGGGCAGGGGCAGGGAGCAGGGGAGAGAUGGGGCAGGAUGUCCCUCGAGUGCCCCUGGAGGUGGUCAGUGAGUGUAGCCAUCAGAGCCCACCCCUCCCAUCCGUACCCCAUGGCACUGUGCCUGUUCAUGUCACAUUCAGUGCAGAGGGGCUCUGGUCUCCCCUGCUUUGUACAGCAAGCUUGUCCAAAACGAUACUAUUGAACACUUAGGAGGCUACCGGGCCUUGUAGUGAGUUCCCCCAUCAUCAGAGGUAACCAAGCAGUCGUCGGGUCACGGAUCAGGACUCCGCCUGGUCCGAGGCCCCUUCCAGCUGUCGUAGGAUGACAUGUUGGUGGGAGGUGUCCUCUGAGCCCUGGGAUUCCAGCUUGUGGCUGUUCGGACUGGUCAGGAUGUGCCCUCUCCUUGUGCCCACAGGUAUGAUGCGGGCCGGGAUGGCUUCAUUGACCUGAUGGAGCUAAAGCUCAUGAUGGAGAAACUCGGAGCCCCCCAGACACACCUGGGCCUGAAAAACAUGAUCAAGGAGGUUGACGAGGACUUUGACAGCAAGCUCAGCUUCCGGGAGUUCCUCCUGAUUUUCCGCAAGGCGGCGGCCGGGGAGCUGCAGGAGGACAGCGGGCUGCACGUGCUGGCCCGCCUCUCCGAGAUCGACGUCUCCACCGAGGGCGUCAAGGGGGCCAAGAGCUUCUUUGAGGCCAAGGUCCAGGCCAUCAACGUGUCGAGCCGCUUCGAGGAGGAGAUCAAGGCGGAGCAGGAGGAGAGAAAGAAGCAGGCCGAGGAGAUGAAGCAGCGGAAGGCGGCCUUCAAGGAGCUGCAGUCCACCUUCAAGUAGCCCCGGGCCCGGCCCAGAGCCCCGUCGGGGCGGCCGGGUGGGCGGGCACGGGGGAGGCCGAGCCGCGGCCUCGGCUCUGGCCCACGGGACCAUACUAACCCUACAAAUGUCUGUGAACGCAGCCAGCCCAGGGGUCUCCCAGAGGUGGCCCGGCCUCUCCCGCGCUCUGCCACUCUUCCUGAGGCCCUGACCCAGCACUGGCUCCCCGCCUCUCGCACCCCGGGCGGUCCCCUGCCUGCUCCAGCGCUGCUCUCUGCCCGUGAGCCUGCCCUCCACACACACUCCCCGCCCCCCAGUGCCUCUCCCUGUCACCUUCCCCGCCCAGAGGCCACCUGCCGUUAAGCAGCAGGCUGCACUGCCCCUUCCUAGACUGGGGAGCCACAGAUGGCUCCGUAGAGUGGGACCUAAGGGGCUCCACCCCCUGCACCUGUUCCCCCAGCCCUGCCUCCUCCCUGCUGAAGUGGGGGGGAGGCUUCUAUUUUGGGGAGGGGGCCCAGCCAGGCAGGGUGAGGGGACAGCUGUGUCAAUCUACCUCACAGGCCCACACUCUCCCAGCCAUGGCAGGGAGGAAACACCACUCCCUGGUCCCCCAGGGGCGACCCGAGGGUCCCAGGGGCCCUGGAGGGAGCGGGUGGGAAGGAGGAUUGGCCCCUCCCAGGGACGGAAACCAGUGGUCUCCAUUUUCCAGGAGGCGUCCAAGAAGUGCUUUAGCAGCAGGUUUGCACGGACCGGGCCGUGGGGGGCAGGGGACCUCACACCAUCCUUCCCCAGAGUGACAUCCCCCACCUAGUCACCAGCGGCCGGGGAUCCGGUCACACCCACCCCCUGAGGCAGCAUGGGGACCCCAGCCCUCCCCGUGCCACCAGCCCCGUCCCGCGUGGCUCCCGUGUUUGCUCCUGUGUGUGCGUGUCUGUGUGUGUCUGUUGCUGUGUCGUGAACCUGUGCCCGUCACCCGGUCCAAAUAAGCGAAGGCCAUCGAGGCCACAGUUAUGCAACUCUCGGUGUGUGUCAUCAAGACAGUGUCCCUGCUUUCCGAACUCGAUGACUUUAUUUUAGUAAAAUGCCCCAAACUCCCGUCGGACCUGCAGAGGUUUUAUUUUUUUGGCUGUAGAAUAUACAGAAAGGAGGUACUGGCCCUGGUUUGCCUUAGCAAUGUGUUUAUACAGAUGAAUAUAAAAAUUUCUUUUCCUUUGGG